AUGGACGAAGCCAGACGCAAAAGGAAUAAGGCCGCAGCCGCGGUGCAGGAAAUGCUCGAUACCUUGAGUGUUGGUGUGGUCUUGAUUUUGCGCAACAAGAGGACAGAGAGUACUGUCCAGAUCGAUAUCAGCUAUCCAUGCGGGUGUACAAUGAAUAUGGCUGACAAUUGGAUCGAGAAUGGAUACGAUGUCGAACUCAUGACCAAACUCCUCCUCCUCGAAGCCGGACCUGAAGGUUCAGUGCGCUGGGAACUCACAGUGACCGAUUUCUAUGCGAAUCAAAAUGGUUUGUUUUCUUCGCUUCCUCCUUUAUGCCGUGAAGCCGUCUGGAUCUUGGAUUCCUUCAGAUGUCUUGGAUCAAGCUUCUAG